AUGGCAAUCACUAAACGUGUAACUAAAUCUCAAAAAAAUAUGGAAAAUAUUAAAACAAUUGUCAUCCCUGAUGACGAACAACUAGAAUUUACUCCUGUAGAUUUAACUACAGAAGAAUUUUUCAAGCAAUUGGACAAAAAAACAACGAAUGAAGUUGUGAAAGAUAUUUCAAAACAAGAAUCUACAGUACACUUUCAAGUUAAAAAAGUGUAUAUCUUAUUAACUAAAAAACACAAAAUGGAAGAAAUAUAUGCAGAGGUAAACAAAGCCAUCUACAGAUAUGGCAAACCUGUGGCAAAUAAUGUUGAAUUUGUAAAACCAUACGAGGCCAUGUUUGUAGAUGGAAACUCGGUUUAUAAUUUAAAAAACAUCGAUGUAAUUGAUGAAAAGGAGAACUACGAGAUGGAUGAUGUCGAUGAAUACGAUGACGAUGAUGACAAAUACGAUGAUGAUGAUGAAUACGAUGAUGAUGACGAAUAUAAUUAUCUACAUGAUGAUGAUGAAUAUAAUGAUGAUGAUGGUAAUAAAGAAAACGAACCUAUGGAAAUAGACAAUUGA